GCUUAGUUGCCGCGGGGAUCCUGUACACUUGGCAAGCCUACAGAACAUUGUCGAGAUGCGCGUCGUGGUGGCCUGGGUGCUGCUGGGACUCAGCUGCGCCGCCAAGCUCGAGGAGAAGGGCUGGGACUCCGACCCGAAGCCCGUGGGAAGUUACUUCAAGGCGGAACUGCCCUCGGGGGAGACCUACUCCGCCUUCGCCGGGUUCGGGUCCGAGGAUGACGUCAAGAAGAGCGGAUCCGUCCAUGGUUCCGCCUUUGCCUCUUCUGGAGGAGGAGGUGGAGCGGUCAAGAACAGCGGGUCGUCCACGAGCGUAAAAUAUUCGACCAGCACGCAUUCCUUCUCUGCUGGAUUUGGUCCUGGGGCCACUAAGGCUGGAAAUGGUUUCCAGGGGUCGUCUGUCACUUCCUCUACAGGUGGUGGAAGGAAUAACGCGCCCGGAGGCUCCAGUCUUUCCCAUUCAGCCUUCUCAGGAUAUUCCUCGGGAGGCAGCAGCCAUUCAACGAAGGGAAGCGUCCACAGAACUUCCUUCUCCAGUUCAUCAGGUUCAUCAGAUGGUGGCCAUGGGUCUGCCUCUGGGUGCUGUGGUUCACUUGGCUCAGGAAGCUCUUUCUCCUCCAGCACACAUAUCACUUCCGGAUCACCAGGUUCUCCCUCUGGUUCCGUAGGAGGAAGUACCUUCACAUCCAGCACCCACAGCACUGCUGGUACAUCAAGGAGCCCAUCCAGUCCUUUUAGUGGAAGUUCCUUUACCUCAAAUACUCAAAGUUCUUCGGGUCCUGGUUCCUCCACUUCCAGUACUGGUGCUUCUCGACCUGGUACAUCUGGGUCUGAUUCGAAAUUCGGCUCUGGUUCAGCGCCUGGUACCACUGGUUCUCGCCCAAGUUCCCCUGGUGCUCACGGGGCUGCCUCUGGGUGUUGUGGUUCACCAAGUUCCUCUGGAAGUAGUUUCUCUUCCAACACACAUAUCACUUCAGGACCACAAGUUUCCCCAUCUGGUUCUGUAGGAGGAAGUAGCUUCACGUCAAACACCCACAGUACAGCCGGUAAGCCUGGAAGUCCAUCCAGCUCUUUUCGAGGAAGUUCCUUCACCGCAAAUACACAAAGUUCCUCGGGCCCUCUGACAUCUCCGUCUGGGACUGUUGGGGGCAGCUCUGUCUCCUCGAACACUCACAGCUCAGCCGGGACAGAAUCAAGUCCCUCUGGAUAUAGCUAUCAGUCUCCCUCCUCCCCUUUUAGUAGCGGUGCUUCUCGCCCAGGUUCACCUGGGUCUGGUUCUACUUUAGGCGCUCCUGGUUCUCGUCCAGGUUCACCUGGAUCUGGUUCUACUUUAGGCGCUCCUGGUUCUCGCCCAGGUUCACCUGGGUCUGGUUCUACCCUUGGUGCUCCUGGUUCUCGUCCAGGUUCACCUGGAUCUGGUUCUACUUUAGGUGCUCCUGGUUCUCGUCCAGGUUCACCUGGAUUUGGUUCUACCCUUAGCGCUCCUGGUUCUCGUCCAGGUUCACCUGGAUCUGGUUCUACUUUUGGUGCUCCUGGUUCUCGUCCAGGUUCACCUGGAUCUGGUUCUACUUUUGGUGCGCCUGGUUCUCGCCCAGGUUCACCUGGAUCUGGUUCUACCCUUGGUGCUCCUGGUUCUCGUCCAGGUUCACCUGGAUCUGGUUCUACUUUUGGUGCUCCUGGUUCUCGUCCAGGUUCACCUGGAUCUGGUUCUACUUUUGGUGCUCCUGGUUCUCGCCCCGGUUCUCCUGGUUCAAGUUCUACUGGUGACUCUGGAUAUGGGUAUAGUUCACCCUCAACCAGCUUUGGGAUAGGUUCUAGUUCUCGCCCAGGUUCACCUGGAUCUGGUUCUACCCUUGGUGCUCCUGGUUCACCUGGGUCUGGUUCUACCCUUGGUGCUCCUGGUUCUCGUCCAGGUUCACCUGGAUCUGGUUCUACUUUUGGUGCUCCUGGUUCUCGUCCAGGUUCACCUGGAUCUGGUUCUACUUUUGGUGCUCCUGGUUCUCGUCCAGGUUCACCUGGAUCUGGUUCUACUUUAGGUGCUCCUGGUUCUCGCCCAGGUUCACCAGGAUCUGGAUCUACUUUUGGCGCUCCUGGUUCUCGCCCAGGUUCAUCUGGGUCUGGUUCUACUUUUGGCGCUCCUGGUUCUCGUCCAGGUUCACCUGGGUCUGGUUCUACUCUUGGCGCUCCUGGUUCUCGCCCAGGUUCUCCUGGAUCUGGUUCUACUUUUGGCGCUCCUGGUUCUCGUCCAGGUUCACCUGGAUCUGGUUCUACUUUUGGCGCUCCUGGUUCUCGCCCAGGUUCUCCUGGUUCAGGUUCUUCUGGUAGUGGUUCUAGGGACUCUGGAUAUGAGUAUGGUUCACCUUCGCCCAGCUUUGGGAUAGGUUCUGGUUCUCGUCCAGGUUCACCUGGAUCUGGUUCUACUUUUGGUGCUCCUGGUUCUCGCCCAGGUUCUCCUGGAUCUGGUUCUACUUUUGGUUCUCCUGGUUCUCGUCCAGGUUCACCUGGAUCUGGUUCUACCCUUGGUGCUCCUGGUUCUCGUCCAGGUUCACCUGGAUCUGGUUCUACUCUUGGUGCUCCUGGUUCUCGUCCAGGUUCACCUGGAUCUGGUUCUACUUUUGGUGCUCCUGGUUCUCGUCCAGGUUCACCUGGAUCUGGUUCUACUUUUGGUGCGCCUGGUUCUCGUCCAGGUUCUCCUGGUGCUGGCAGUGGUUCUGGUGAGUCUGGAUAUGGGUAUGGUUCACCUGGAUCUGGUUCUACUUUAGGUGCUCCUGGUUCUCGUCCAGGUUCACCUGGAUCUGGUUCUACUUUAGGUGCUCCUGGUUCUCGUCCAGGUUCACCUGGAUCUGGUUCUACUUUUGGUGCUCCUGGUUCUCGCCCAGGUUCACCUGGAUCUGGUUCUACUUUUGGUGCUCCUGGUUCUCGUCCAGGUUCACCUGGAUCUGGUUCUACUCUAGGUGCUCCUGGUUCUCGUCCAGGUUCACCUGGGUCUGGUUCUACUUUAGGUGCUCCUGGUUCUCGCCCAGGUUCACCUGGAUCUGGUUCUACUUUUGGUGCUCCUGGUUCUCGCCCAGGUUCACCUGGAUCUGGUUCUACUCUUGGUGCUCCUGGUUCUCGUCCAGGUUCACCUGGAUCUGGUUCUACUUUUGGUGCUCCUGGUUCUCGUCCAGGUUCACCUGGAUCUGGUUCUACUUUUGGUGCUCCUGGUUCUCGUCCAGGUUCACCUGGAUCUGGUUCUACUUUGGGUGCUCCUGGUUCUCGUCCAGGUUCACCUGGAUCUGGUUCUACUUUUGGUGCUCCUGGUUCUCCUGGUUCUAGUUCUACAGGCAGUAGUUAUGGAUAUGGUUCAUCUUCAUCUAGUUUUGGCUCUGGUUCAAAGCCAGGUUCACCUGGAUCCGGUUCUACUUUUGGUGCUCCUGGUUCUCGCCCAGGUUCACCUGGGUCUGGUUCUACUUUUGGUUCUCGCCCAGGUUCACCUGGAUCUGGUUCUACUUUUGGUGCUCCUGGUUCUCGUCCAGGUUCACCUGGAUCUGGUUCUACUCUAGGUGCUCCUGGUUCUCGUCCAGGUUCACCUGGAUCUGGUUCUACUUUGGGUGCUCCUGGUUCUCGUCCAGGUUCACCUGGAUCUGGUUCUACUCUAGGUGCUCCUGGUUCUCGUCCAGGUUCACCUGGAUCUGGUUCUACUUUGGGUGCUCCUGGUUCUCGUCCAGGUUCACCUGGAUCUGGUUCUACUUUUGGUGCUCCUGGUUCUCGCCCAGGUUCGCCUGGAUCUGGUUCUACUUUUGGUGCUCCUGGUUCUCGUCCAGGUUCACCUGGAUUUGGUUCUACUUUUGGUACUCCUGGUUCUCGCCCAGGUUCACCUGGGUCUGGUUCUACUUUUGGUUCUCGUCCAGGUUCACCUGGAUCCGGUUCUACUUUAGGUGCUUCUGGUUCUCGUCCAGGUUCACCGGGAUCUGGUUCUACUUUUGGUGCUCCUGGUGCAAGUUCUACUGGCAGUGGUUCUAGUGACUCUGGAUAUGGGUAUGGUUCACCUGGAUCUGGUUCUACCCUCGGUGCUCCUGGUUCUCGCCCAGGUUCACCUGGAUUUGGUUCUACUUUUGGUGCUCCUGGUUCUCGUCCAGGUUCACCUGGAUCUGGUUCUACUUUUGGUGCUCCUGGUUCUCGUCCAGGUUCACCUGGAUCUGGUUCUACUUUAGGUGCUCCUGGUUCUCGUCCAGGUUCACCUGGAUCUGGUUCUACUUUAGGUGCUCCUGGUUCUCGUCCAGGUUCACCUGGAUCUGGUUCUACUCUAGGUGCUCCUGGUUCUCGUCCAGGUUCACCUGGAUCUGGUUCUACUUUGGGUGCUCCUGGUUCUCGUCCAGGUUCACCUGGAUCUGGUUCUACUUUUGGUGCUCCUGGUUCUCGUCCAGGUUCACCUGGAUCUGGUUCUACUUUUGGUGCUCCUGGUUCUCGUCCAGGUUCACCUGGGUCUGGUUCUACUUUAGGUGCUCCUGGUGCUGGCAGUGGUUCUGGUGACUCUGGAUAUGGGUAUGGUUCACCUGGAUCUGGUUCUACUUUAGGUGCUCCUGGUUCUCGUCCAGGUUCACUUGGAUCUGGUUCUACUUUAGGUGCUCCUGGUUCUCGUCCAGGUUCUCCUGGAUCUGGUUCUACUUUAGGUGCUCCUGGUUCUCGUCCAGGUUCACCUGGAUCUGGUUCUACUUUAGGUGCCCCUGGUUCUCGUCCAGGUUCACUUGGAUCUGGUUCUACUCUAGGUGCUCCUGGUUCUCGUCCAGGUUCACCUGGAUCUGGUUCUACUUUUGGUGCCCCUGGUUCUCGUCCAGGUUCACCUGGAUCUGGUUCUACUUUUGGUGCUCCAGGUUCACCUGGAUCUGGUUCUACUUUUGGUGCUCCUGGUUCUCGUCCAGGUUCACCUGGAUCUGGUUCUACUUUUGGUGCUCCUGGUUCUCGCCCAGGUUCACCUGGAUCCGGUUCUACUUUAGGUGCUCCUGGUGCAAGUUCUCCUGGUAGUGGUUCUGGUGACUCUGGAUAUGGGUAUGGUUCACCUGGAUCUGGUUCUACUUUAGGUGCUCCUGGUUCUCGUCCAGGUUCACCUGGAUCUAGUUCUACUUUUGGGGCCCCUGGUUCUCGUCCAGGUUCACCUGGAUCUGGUUCUACUUUUGGUGCUCCUGGUUCUCGUCCAGGUUCACCUGGAUCUGGUUCUACUUUAGGUGCUCCUGGUUCUCGUCCAGGUUCACCUGGAUCUGGUUCUACUUUAGGUGCUCCUGGUUCUCGUCCAGGUUCACCUGGAUCUGGUUCUACUCUAGGUGCUCCUGGUUCUCGUCCAGGUUCACCUGGAUCUGGUUCUACUUUGGGUGCUCCUGGUUCUCGCCCAGGUUCGCCUGGAUCUGGUUCUACUUUUGGUGCUCCUGGUUCUCGCCCAGGUUCGCCUGGAUCUGGUUCUACUUUUGGUGCUCCUGGUUCUCGCCCAGGGUCACCUGGGUCUGGUUCUACUUUUGGUGCUCCUGGUUCUCGUCCAGGUUCACCUGGGUCUGGUUCUACUUUUGGUGCUCCUGGUUCUCGCCCAGGCUCACCUGGAUCUGGUUCUACCCUUGGUGCUCCUGGUUCUCGCCCAGGUUCAUCUGGUUCUAGUUCUACAGGCAGUAGUUAUGGAUAUAGUUCAUCUUCAUCUAGUUUUGGCUCUGGUUCAAAGCCAGGUUCACCUGGAUCUGUUUCUACUUUUGGUGCUCCUGGUUCACGUCCAGGUUCUAGUUUCAGUACUAGUGGUUCUCGUCCAGGUUCACCUGGCUCUACUUUCAGUACUGGUUCUCGUCCAGGUUCAUCUGGUUCUACUUUCAGUGCUACCAGUUCCCAAUCAGGAACUGGAAGCAGUUCAAGACCUGGAUCUUCAGGAGGAAUCAAAGGACCUGGGUCUGGGUCUAGGAUCCCUGGUUUCUCUAGUGGCAGUGUCACCCUUAAUGUUAUAGAGAGCUCUUUCGAUAAACCUGGGUUUGGCGCUCAUCGCACUGGCUUUUCUGCACCCUCUUCGUUCGCUCCUGGUGCUCCUACAUCAGGGUCUGGAUCUUCACGUCCUGGAAGUCCUUCUAAAUUAGGUGCUAGUGGUACUGGUCCUGGCAGCCACAGUGCUGGUGCUUCUAGACCAACCUCCUCUGGUCCGGGAUCCACUGGCUUUGGCUCUGGAUCUUCCACUUUCGGUAGUUCUCAACCGGGUGCCUUUGGCUCCAGCCCUUCAAGACCUGGCUCGAGCAGCACCCAGUUUACUUCAUCAACCUCUGGCCAACCUUCGGGCUCCGUGCAUGCGGGAUACUGCCCCGCCGAGACCAAGCAGUGUCCGACGGGAAAUCCACCCAAACCGUGCAUUAACGAUGACUCCUGUGGCGCUACCGAGAAGUGCUGUUUUGACACCUGUUACCACCACCCCGAUCAUCACUGGGUGUGCAAGCCAGCUAUCGAGUGGUAGACCAUGCAACUGACCCACAUAUGUUACAUUAGCUUAAAGAUGUCUAAAUUUUGCUUUUCCAAAAUGAAGAGACGAUGCAUGGACAGUGUACUAUUCAUUGGAUUUCAUAUUGUGCUGAAUAAUUACAAAAUUAUUUUGAUACAUCUUACAUGAUGCAGAUUUCCAAAUGCCAUUUUUGUAUCGGUAAUAAACAAAAACUGCAUUGGACAAAAGAACACUGUAUCCAUUAAAAUAACCCUGCUAAGUCUGAAUCGAGACCUCUCAAGCAUUUAGCUGAUCUGGAAGACAUGUAUUUCUUCGGUUGUGUAAAUAAGGUGUCUGGCUUUAAUAAAAAUGAAUGAACA